UUUUCGAACGUAACUGUAUCAUAAAUCUAAAGCAACAUAAACCCAAAAAUAUUUUGAAAAUAAAUUGAAGAUUAAUUGAUCUUAGACACAUGGAAUUUGAGAGGACCAAAAUUGCUAGGGAUGCCUUCUCCUAUGCCGGUUUAGUGUGGAUUGAGGAGGUACCUCCUGAAGCGUUUUCUUUUGUAACAGCAGACAUUGUGGUUUCUAUGCCAGUUUUAGUUUAAUAUAAUGCAGGCAGUUUAAAAAAUAAUUAGAGGGGCCAAAAAUAAUAGACCAAGGCCAUUUAGUAUUUGGGAAAUGGGAACUUUGACAAAUAUGUAGUUGACUUUCUCGUAGACAAUGUUAACUUGCCAGUUGCCACCCUUAUUAUGUGACGUGAUCAAGAAAGAGUACUGAAAUGAAAGAUUCAGUUGACAUUCUGGUUUUCUUAGCAUGCUUGAGAAAGAGAAAUGGAAAAUUCAGAUCAUGUACUAGAGGUAGCAUUGAAAUGGAUAGAAGGCCUUGCAAAUGGAGAUAUUGGUCAGGAGAUAGAAACUUCAACCACAAGGGGUAUCCGUGUAGUUCAGGCACACAAAGGCUUCCUCCUCUGUGACUUCACUAUACACACCGGUUUGUCGGAUGAAAAUGGAAAUUGGCAUGUGGGUGCAAUAGCAACAUUAGUUGAUACCAUUGGCAGCUUUGCCUCCUUCUCUGUUACCUCCUCAUCUCAGCAAGUCACUCUUGAUUUCAGCAUAUCUUACUAUACAACGGUAAAGGUUCAGGCAAAAGUUAUAGCAAAGAAGGAUGAAUUGACUUCUGUGAUUGUGGAAGUCAGGAAAAAGGAGAAUGGGGAAUUGGUUGCCCUAGGAAAGCUGAGGUUUGCAGUACCUAGAAAGCAUCCAAGACACCAAGAAAGUAAACUCUAACUUCUUUCAAGUUUUACAAGACCAUGAUUAUAUUCCAUAUGCUUGUAUAGCCCAUAUCAUAAAACGUUUCUAUAAACCUCAUUUAAUUUGAUAAGCGCAUUGGACUCUUAAUCCAUUACACGUACUAGUAAUCAUUUGUGAAUUGUGGUUAAUCAGUUCCUUGUUUAUGACCCCCUCCGCCUUGUAUUAAACAGCUUGUUCAGUUUUAGUUAUCAAAAAUCUUAGGUUGCAAUAAAUCAUCUUACAAAUUAGCAUGUCCAAGGACCAAUAUAUAUAGUUGUGAAUCAGUUGCACAAAUAGUCUAUAACACUAAAACCAGAAAAACAUAAAACAAUAGCAACCAAAUUGAGCCUGACAGCUAAGAGUAUAUACUACUCAUAACAUUGAAUCGCACCUUUAGGGUUGUGGAGUGGAUCACGUAUUGGUUAUUCGUCUCUCCUUGAUCUUAAGCCUCCACCACUUCAUUUUCCAUGCUUUGGCUUCUCCUUAGAUGUAAAAAGCAGGGAAAUACAGUAUAUGUUCAUGCAUAUCCACUUUCACUUUACUGAAUUACUGGUAAAUAACAUCAUUGAAACUUAAUCCAUUUUGUUUUCUAAGAAAUUAUCAAGAUCAAGUUAGAUAUCAAGAUACCAUCCUCAAAUUCUGUUCUUAUUUCUGCGCCAACAAAUCACGUUAUUAAUUUUACUCCUGUCUAGUACAAUCUAGGUACACUAAAUUUUCUACUCUCGAGUUUUCGGGUGUUUGAAUUCAAGACAAUAAGAUACUUCUGGAUAUUCAGCUCGCAAUUUGAGUUUAGUAAGUUUUAGGAAUUAGGAUUUUGUUAGCCUGUGAUUGGGUCCAUAUAUUCUGAAUAGUAAACAGAUCUAUUAGGAAGAAAACUCUUCUUAAAGAAUACAAUCAAGAAGGUUUAGUUCUGUUGCACGAGUUGUGAACAAACCAGAUAGCAUUUUCUAAUCUUCUUAAAACUAAUUGAUUAUGAGAAAUUGGAAUGAUCAGUGAAAUACUCGUUGAUUAUGGGGAAGGAUGCUGAUAAGAGAGGUAUUUCAUGGAUAGCUUGGGAUACAGUUUGAAUUUUGAAAGAUUUCUGGUGGAGGUUUGGGGAUUGGUUCACCAAUAUUAAAAACAGUGCAGUGUUUCUGAAUUGGUGAUGGAGAUUUGGGGUAGAAAGAAAUGCACUAUGGACAAAUGUAAUUUGCUCCAAGUAUGGCAGGGACCAGAUUUCUUUAUUUUCAUCUAACCAAAAGUUUAAAAAGGGGAAGGUUUCAAGGAAUUCUUAAUGCAAUUCUGAUAAAUGAUCCAAUGUCUACUUUUGUUUAGAAGUGAGCUGUUAUGUAAAGUUGGAGAGGGUGGGUCUAUAAACUUCUGCCAUGAUCCCUGGUCUGGGUUAAAUAACCUGAAAUUGUCCUUUCCUAUUCUUUAUGCCUUAUCCUGUCAAAAGAAAUGUUUGUUUAAGGAUAUGGAUAUUUGGUGGGAAGGAAGUGGGAAUGGAAAAUUGAUUUGAGAAGACUGUUAUUUGAUUGGGAGGUUGAGAGUUGGAAUGCAAUGUGGGCACUGAUCAAUAAAGUAGUUCUAGUUAAAUUUGGAAAGAGGACUAAAAUUAAAAAGAUUCUCUGUUUAUGUGGAUGACUUUGAAGUCAAGAGUUGGAUGUAGAUGAGUUAUACUGGAAGAAGGUGGAUUAUGCUCAAUAUGCUGGAAGGAAACUGAAUCAGCAUCACAACUAUUGCUCCAUUGCCACAAAGCAUUUGGAUUUGUAUCAUUUGUAUGGUUGCCAAAACUGUACAGGCUGUCUUGUCUGAAUGAGAGGUUUCAUGUGGUAUAACUGAUGGCGUAAUUGGGAAGAUAAUUCCCUUCUCAAUUCUGUGGUCAAUUUGGUUGUCUAGGAAUGAUGUUAUUUCCUGCCAUAAGGAAUUUGAUUCAAAAAUUUCCUGGGAAAAGGUCAAAGUUAACGUGUCUUGGUGGGUUAGAGGUAUCUGGAAUAGUUGUCUAUUUUCUAUGCAGCAUCUCGGCAAUAAUUUGGAAGCUAUUUGGUUGCCUAAACCAAGUAAGAGAGUUAGAAGCCAGGUGUGGGAGCUGUUGAGCCGCCCCCUGCAAAUUUUCUCAAAUUCAAUGUUGAUGACACUGCAAAGGGCUGUCCAAGAUAUGCAGGAAGCCAGGAAUAGAUGGAAUUCUUAGAAAUGAAUAUGGAAAUGUCAUGGGUUACUUUUCUAAACUUUAGGUCCAUGUUGGGCUUAUGAGGUAGAGGUUGACCAAUUUUGCAUGUUUUAUUGUUCUGUGCUGAGUUAGAAUUAUCUAAUGUUUUAUUAAAAGUGA